AUGGAUCCCAUGGAGAGCAUGUCGGGGGCGCCGGUGCCCAAGGACUUCAAUGCCGAGGAGGCAAUCAACAUGGAGGAGAUGGAGAAGCAGUUUGCCGUCAAGGCCGAUGCUAAUGCCUCGGCGACAGUGGUCCAGCACAUGCAGACGUACUGGUCGAUCCUCGAAAAGAUGAAAGGGUCAACCCUUCGGUUGACCAAGAUGGACGACGACAUCUACAACCACCUGAAGCAAGAAUUCCCCGAGUUCGACCCGGCUGCCGUCGUUGACGAAGAUGAGAUGAAGAGCCCGAAGGGCAAGGAGCGCUGGAGGAAAUUCAUGAUGGCGUACGAGAAAUUAAUUGACGAUUACAACUUUGGCACCAUGGUCCGCAACAGCGCCAAGGUUGAGUACGAUGAGGCCUCGACCAUUUUCGUCCCGCGGAUGCAGUUUUACGCCAUCGAGAUUGCUAGAAACAAGGCUGGUUUGAACGACUGGAUCUACGAGCAGGCCCAGGCGGAGAAGCAAAAGGCAAAAUGA